AUGAGUGGCUAAAUUGAUUCAGAAGAAGCAUUGUAAAAAUCAAAAGUAUUAUUUGAACGAAAACGACUUGUCACAAUAUCAAAUGCGUUGCAGUUGAUGGAGAAAAAUGCCAAAUAGUAUUUAGAACAAUUUGAGCAAUCUCCAGAUUAUAGAUUGUUUAGAACUUAAUUUAGAUAAUAUCAACAUACAUCUUAAUUAGAUUAAAUAGUCUAAUUUCAAUUGUGCGAUUUGAGUGAUCCAGAUAUAUCAUUUUAUCGAUAGGCAGAAAAAAAAAUUUUGGUUUGUUAUAAUAAAAUUCGUGAUUAUGCGCAUUUUUAAUAGAUAAUGAAAUACGAUUUAACUUUUCUUUAUGAUGAUUUAAGAGCCAAAAUAGAUUGGUAUGAUUGCUCAAUGUUAUCUUGUAUGAAGAUCAGAGGAUUGAAUAUAUCUGGGAGAUGCAAAUAGAGUGACAAAUAAUGUUUUAUUGAUGAAGUAAGGACUUCUCUGGAAAGAAGUGAGGUUUGUAAAGGUAAAUAUGAUGAGUACUUUGAAAAAUCAUUUAAAUAGUGUGUAAUGGAUAUCGCUCCAAUAAAUAGUGUUUAGUAAACAAAAAAAACUAUAUUUUUCUGA